UUGGGGGUUGGAUUAUACCCAAGAUGGCCGCCUUCAUUGAAAGGAUGGGGCUGCUGGUCUUGGCCUGUGUUUCAUUGUUUGUGAGUAGCUCUGUCGCUGUGGAUAGAGGCAACUUCAAAACAUGCGACCAGAGUGCCUUUUGCAAACGCCAGAGAGCACUCAAGGCAGGCCAGUCUCCAUACAGAGCUCUGUUGGACACGCUGGAGCUCAGUGACUCUAGAGUGACACUACAGCUCAUCAAUGACAACAAUAAGGUGCGUCUGCUGCUGGAGCUGUACCGGCUGCAGGGCAACAUGACGCGCGUCAAGAUCAACGAGUUGAAACCCUUGAAGCCGCGCUUCGAGGUGCCAGACGUGCUCGUGUCAGACCCCCCUACUGAGCCUCUGUCGCUGGUGUCUCAGGAUGACAACGGCGUGGUGCUGUCCCUGGGGGCGGCGCGGCAGCAGCGUCUGAUCGUCAGCGCGCGUCCCUUCCGCCUGGACAUCGUGGAGGGGCCCGAGGUGCUCAUGUCCCUCAACUCCCGUGGCCUGCUGGCCUUCGAGCACCUGCGCCUACGCAAGGACACUCAGGCCAACCCCGAAGGUGCCGAGGCAAAGGAGAACAUCGAUGGAGCCGAGGAGCCAGCUGAAGUUAAGGACGCAGCAGAUGAGGGUGCUAAAGACGAGGAGAUAGACGGCAUGUGGGAGGAGACCUUCAAGUCGCACACCGACACCAAACCAAACGGUCCUACAUCCAUCAGUUUAGACUUCUCCUUGCCGGGCGUGGAACAUGUCUAUGGCAUUCCAGAACACGCGGACAAUCUCAAGCUGAAAACCACAGAUGGUGGAGACCCCUACAGGUUGUACAAUCUGGAUGUGUUCCAGUACGAGCUCUACAACCCCAUGGCGCUGUAUGGACACGUGCCCGUCAUGCUGGCCCACAACGCUGUGCGGACCAUGGGCCUGUUCUGGCUCAACGCAGCAGAGACCUGGGUGGACAUCAGCUCCAACACGGCUGGAAAGACGGUCUUUGGUAAGAUGCUGGACUACGUUCAGGGCGCCAGCGAGACGCCACAGACGGACGUGCGCUGGAUCUCCGAGAGCGGCAUCAUCGACGUGUUCAUCAUGCUUGGCCCCACCCCCUUCGAUGUCUUCUCCCAGUACGCCUCGCUUACCGGCACCCAGUCUUUCCCUCCGCUGUCCGCGCUGGCCUACCACCAGUGCCGCUGGAACUACAACGACCAGGAGGACGUGAAGGCGGUGGACAAGGGCUUCGACGAGCACGACAUCCCCUACGACUUCAUCUGGCUGGACAUCGAGCACACCGACGGCAAGCGCUACUUCACCUGGGACCCCCACAAGUUCCCCAGCCCCAAGGAGAUGCUUCAGGGCAUCAUGGAUAAGCGCCGCAAGAUGGUAGCAAUCGUGGACCCUCACAUCAAAGUGGACAGUGGCUACAAAAUCCACAACGCCAUUCGUGAGCAGAACUUCUACAUCAAGAAUAAAGAUGGAGGAGAUUACGAAGGCUGGUGCUGGCCAGGGAGUGCUGGCUAUCCGGACUUCACCAAACUGGAGAUGAGAGACUGGUGGGCCAGCAUGUUUGACUAUGAACACUAUGAGGGGGCAAUGGAGAACCUGUACACGUGGAACGAUAUGAAUGAGCCGUCUGUGUUCAACGGACCGGAGGUCACCAUGCACAAAGAUGCCAAACACGGAGACUGGGAGCACCGCGACUUCCACAACCUCUACGGCUUCUAUGUGCAAAUGGCUACUGCCGACGGCUUGGUCCGCCGCUCAGGGGGAGUAGAGCGUCCAUUCGUCCUGACCAGGGCCUUCUUCGCUGGGUCUCAGAGAUACGGAGCGGUGUGGACGGGUGACAACGCAGCUGAAUGGGACCAUCUGAAGAUCUCCAUCCCCAUGUGCCUUAGCCUGGGUCUAGUGGGCAUCUCAUUCUGUGGAGCCGACGUCGGUGGCUUCUUCAAGACGCCCAGCACCGAGCUGCUAGUCCGUUGGUACCAGACCGGCGCCUACCAGCCCUUCUUCCGGGCCCACGCUCACCUGGACACCCCCCGACGUGAGCCCUGGCUCUUCGGGCCCGAGAACACGGCGCUGAUCCGUGAGGCAGUCCGCCAGCGCUACACCCUCCUGCCCUACUGGUACCAGCAGUUCUACCUGGCCCACACCACCGGACAGCCCGUCAUGAGGCCCCUCUGGGUAGAGUACCCCAAGGACACGGCCACCUUCAACAUGGAUGACCAGUUCCUCAUCGGCAAGGACCUAUUGGUGCACCCUGUAACCGAGGAGGGAGCCCGAGGCGUCACGGCCUAUCUACCAGGACAUGGAGAGGUCUGGUACGACGUCCACACAUUCCAGAAGCACAAUGGUGCUCAAAGCCUCUACAUUCCUGUGACCAUGAGCUCUAUUCCAGUGUUCCAACGAGGAGGUUCCAUCAUUCCGAGAAAGCUCCGGGUUCGAAGGUCCUCUACGUGCAUGGAGGGCGACCCCUACACUCUCAUUGUAGCGCUCAAUACCCAGAGAACUGCCGAGGGAGAGCUGUACAUGGAUGAUGGCCACACCUUCAACUUCAACACCAAGAAGGAGUUUGCACACAGAAGCCUCACCUUUGCCAACAAUGUCCUCUCCUCCCGGAACCUGUGCUCUGACUGCCAUUUCUCCACUCCCUCCUGGAUAGAGAAGGUCGUCAUUCUCGGCUCCAGUAACCCCAGACAAGUCAGCCUGAAGUCAGAUGGCAAAGAGACUGCUCUGGAGUUUGAGUUUGACCCGUCCGUAUCGGUGCUGACUGUGCGUAAGCCUGGCGUUAACGCUGCUGCUGACUGGAUGAUACAACUGCUGUGAGGAGGAGGAUGAUGAUGAUGAUGAGGAGGAUGAUGAUGAGGGGGGAGAGCUAUGGGACUGGGCUCAGUCUACUGGCUGUAACAGGGAUGGAUGGGUGGAUGGAUGGAUGGAUGGAUGGAUGGAUGGGUGGAUGGAUGGAUGGAUGGAUGGAUGGAUGGAUGGAUGGGUGUGGGCACAGGCUGGGUGUGAAGGGGGACUCUCACCUCAUACCCAUACACACCAUGUGGAUGAAGUGACCAAGGAGAGGAAGCGCUUACUAUGUGGCACAUGGAGACCAAACCGACAGAAAAAAGUGGACUUCUUGCUGUCAGAUGCAUCUUUCUAAUACACAUGCGCACACACACACACACACACACACACACACACACACACACACACACACACACACACACACACACACACACACACACACACACAGGGGAACAAUCACACUGAUGCUUAAAAUGCAAAUGCAAAAAAAAACAAUAAAAAAAAAACAAUCCCUGAAGUAGUCCAAUAGAUAAAAGACUCUUGAGAAACAGAGUCUCGCAAAUAUAGAAAUAUGUCCAUUUAUACAAAUGUAACAGGCGAUAAAACUGAACCUUUGCCAUUCAGGACCACAUUUGAUUAUUUUGUGAUCAUGUCAUAAAAAGAACUGAGAUGAACUUUUUCCUUGUUUGUUUUAAUAAUAAUUGCCAUGUUUUUGUCCGUUCAAAUUUUGAUCAUGUGAGCUUUGAAUAUACAUGUAACUGACAAACCUUUGGGUCAACAUGUUUGUUUUUUUAUUAUUAUUAGAUUGUUUUCCUCAAAUUUCAGGCAUUUUCAUCUGAAGGUAUUUCUCUGGAAUAAUGACAAUUCCAUUUCAGUAACUUAUUCAUGCAUUGUGAACAUCCGUGGGAACCACCAUAGCAUGGUUAAGUCUCUGGAAAUCUUCACCUCUCUGUUCUUGCUGUUUUGAAACGUCACAACGUCCAAUAUCGUGCCAGAUUUCUUUUUUCUAAUGUGGGGACAGGGAAAUGUAGAGGUUCUUAUAUCCUUCGACUUGAAAUACUUGAGAAUUCUGUGGGAUACUUUUGAAAUAUCUUGCCAUGGCUGGCUCUGUGCUUUACUGUGAUGGGGGAGGGAGGGUAUAUGGGGAAAUACUGUGGCAGCUGGAGCAAGAAAUACAAUUCACAGAGUUGGGAAAUAUUUUCAGGGGAAUAAACCACUGAAUCUGGAAAAAAAAUAAUAGUUUUUUUAUUCUUUGCCUCUUGAUUCUUGGUGUUUUUGUUCAUGUGGGGUUUUUUUGUACUGUUUGCGGUAAUGGCCAAUAUGGAUUUUAUUAGUUCACCAUCCAGUCCUGCAUAUUCCAUACGGCCAUAUGUUUCUACCUGUCCAAUUCUGUCAGGUGAUUGCUUGGUUGAAGUGGGCAGGUAAAACCAGGUCAUUUGGCACAUGUUGCAAUGGAUUCCCUUACCAGUAUAGUUUAUCAAUCCAAGUUGGCCAUAACUGAUUUAUGAGUUGAAAAUAGCGAGUGCACUAACGAAAAAGAGAUGGGAGUGAUAUUUAGCACAAUUGAAAUUGUGGGUAUUGUGUUUUAAUGGGUUUACUCAGGACCACUUCUAUCACUGGUGUGUGUCUGCUGACUGACGCAAGCUACCUUUGCCGUACAUCGUUUUUUUUAAGUUGUGAAGAUCCAGAAAUGUCACCUUAGUGACAAGUAAGCAUUUACAGUGUAUGAAUUAUGUUGUGGGGAUGGUGGUCUUCAUUUUGGUCGUCUCUGGUAAAUACUCUCUCAUUCUCCCAUGUUUUUCUUAUCUUAUACAUGUCCAUGAAAGUGUUUUUGUUUCAUUUGUUGACAAUAAAACAGUGCUGAAAUUGA